CGGAUGUGGUGGAGCAGAUGAAGCGCGUGCUGCGCUACUGGCUGAACGAGGGCGUCGCUGGCUUCCGGUGCGAUGCGCUGCCGCCGCUCUUCGAGGUGCUGCCGGAUGCGGAGGGUCAGUUUCCCGACGAGCAGUUGACUGGGGCUACGCAGGAUGCGGAAGAUCGUGACUACCUGACGACGGCGUACAUUGAGAACCAGCCGGAGACCAUCGACAUGGUGUACCAGUGGCGCCAGGUGCUCGAUGACUAUCAGCGCAUCCAUGGCGGCAGCUCGAGUGUGCUGCUCAUUGAGACCUACUCGCCGGCCUGGUUCACCAUGCAGUUCUAUGGCAAUCGAUCCGUGGAGGGUGCCCAUCUGCCCUUCAACUUCAACCUGAUAACCGUGAUGGAGCAGAGCCCCUUGAGUGGGGCCAAUGUGCAGAAGGCCAUUGACCUCUGGCUGAACAACAUGCCAGCCGGGCGCACAGCCAACUGGGUGCUGGGCAAUCACGACAAGCGCCGGGCGGCCAGUCGCUAUGGCGAGCAGCACAUCGAUGCCAUGAAUAUGCUGAUCAUGAUGCUGCCCGGCGUUAGUGUCACGUACCAGGGCGAGGAGCUGGGCAUGACAGACGGCCAGAUUAGCUGGGAGGACACCGUGGAUCCCUGGGCCUGCAACUCGAAUCCCGAUAUAUAUGAGAAAUACACCAGAGAUCCCGCACGCACGCCAUUCCACUGGACGAGUGGCAGCAACGCUGGCUUCUCCACGGCCGCCCAGACCUGGCUGCCCCUGGCUGCCGACUACGCGACCAUCAAUGUGGCCACCGAGUCCGCGGCGCAACGUUCCCAUUUGCAUAUCUAUAAGGCGUUGAUCAAACUGCGCAAAUCACUGAAAACUCUUCAAAAUGGUGCGACUAAAUAUCAGGCGCUUACUGAGGAUGCUUUCGUGCUGAAGAGGUGGGCGCCCUUAGAUCUCUCCUUUAUGGUUGGGCUCGGGAGGAGAUGUUAAUUAUACUAUUUUUUUCUUCUCUCGAGGGCGCCAGCCUUGCCACACACGAGCUCAACCUGUUGCCCGGCGAGGCUCUGGUCAUGAGUACAAAAUAAAUGAGUCGCAAUUACUAGAA